AUGAGUGAAUUCGCUCCCUUCGGCGGCUCUGACGAAGAGUACGCUUCGGUGCGCAAGCACCAAGCUGAGGUGGAAGCGGACCCCGAUAACUUUGAAAGCUGGGAAAAUUAUAUCAAGUCUAGCGAGACUCUAGAUGGCGGAUUAAAUCGCAAUUCAAGCCCCCAGGCGCUGGCUACGUUUCGCGAAGCCUACGAUCGUUUCCUGCAUAAGUUCCCCCUGCUGUUUGGGUACUGGAAGAAAUAUGCGGAUAUGGAAUUCAAUAUUGCUGGGCCAGAGUCAGCAGAGAUGGUCUAUGAACGAGGCUGUGCUUGCAUUACCAACUCCGUCGACUUGUGGACCGACUAUUGUUCCUUCAAAAUGGAAACGACACACGACCCCCAGAUUGUCCGAGACCUUUUUGAACGUGGAGCAAGCCUAGUUGGUCUCGAUUUCCUUGCCCAUCCUUUCUGGGACAAAUAUAUUGAGUAUGAAGAGCGGCAAGAAGCACAAGAUCGAAUUUAUGCUAUCCAUGCUCGAGUAAUUCGGAUUCCAAUGCACCAGUAUGCUCGCUAUUACGAACGUUUUCGCAAUCUUGCUCACACUCGGCCGUUGUCUGAGGUUGUGCCGGCUGAUGUUCUCAGCCGGUUCCAGGCCGAGGUCGAGGCAGAAUCAGCAGCCCAGGGUGGUGGUGCACGGCCCGAGCUGGAGAUAGAACGGGACAUUCGAGCCAAGAUUGACGCCAUGUACUACGAAGUCUUUACGGCUACUCAGCAGGAGGUUUCUAAAAGGUGGACCUAUGAGUCGGAGAUUAAACGACCCUAUUUCCACGUCACCGAACUGGAGCAUUCUCAGCUCAACAACUGGCGCAAGUAUCUGGAUUUUGAGGAAGCCGAAGGGGACUUCGACCGCGCAGUCUCAUUGUACGAGCGAUGCUUGGUGACGUGUGCCUUUUACGACGAGUUUUGGUUCCGAUAUGCUCGAUGGAUGGCUGCACAAGACGGUAAGGACGAGGAGACACGGCACAUCUACAUUCGAGCAUCGAUUUUCGUACCGAUUAGCAGGCCCGGUAUCCGGAUGCAGUGGGCUUACUUGGAGGAGAGCUGUGGCAGAAUUGACGUCGCCAUAGAUAUUCAUGCAGCGAUUCUUAUGAAGUUGCCAGAUUGCGUCGAAGUGGUUGUCUCAUGGGCCCAUCUGCAACGUCGUCAAAAUGGACUUGAAGCUGCUGUUCAGGUGUACCGAGACCAGAUUGAUGCGCCAACGGUAGAUCUGUAUACCAAGGCUGCUUUGGUGGCAGAAUGGGCUCAGUUAUUGUGGAAAGUCAAAGGUUCAGCCGAGGAUGCUAGAGCUGUGUUUCUCAAAAACUCGCAGUGGUACGGCGACAGUCUUGUUUUUUGGGAGAAAUGGUUUGCGUUUGAGUUGGACCAGUCUGCAACUGGCGAGGAAGAAAAGGAUACCGCCGAACGCAUUAAGAGCGUGUUUGAUGAGUUCCGCACGAAGAGCAAAUUAUCUGGGAGUGUCAAGCAGGAAUUGGCUAGAGUCUACAUGAACUACCUUGUCCAACGAGGUGGUAAGGACGCCAUGACAAUUUUCUUGGAAGUGGACCGAGACAUGUUUGGACCUGCCUCAAUAUCCAAGUCGACUAUAGCUUCCAAGGAGAAUGGCACCACUGGCGGCGAGUUGGACGAAGCAAGCAGACGAAAGGCAGAAGCGAGGCUGUUUGCGUUUUACGAAACCCACACUGAGCCUAAUACCGCAGCACAGGGUCCCGCAGACUUCAAUUAA